UCAGUCAGUCAGUUAAGCUGAGACUUCAGUCCACAGCUCAUCACACUCCGGGUAUCUCUCCAAUCCGGACAGAUCUCAUCGCUUUACUUCAGUCCAGACAGAGGACCCCCGGAUAACGUUACAAAAAGAAAAGAGAGCCUUCGCCCAGCGAUGUGAAGCCAUGAAAGCACUUCUCCUGACAGCCCUCUCUCUUCUGGGGAACCUACUGCCAAGAGCAGGAGCGCAGGUCUUUGCAGGCAGUUGUACGUUUGAUGAAAAUUAUAGCAGCUGUGGGUACAUCGUGGCUCUUGGGACAAAUGGAUUCACCUGGGAACAAAUUAAUACAUGGGAUAAACCAACCGUCGAUCCAUCUGUUCCAACAGGAUCCUUCAUGAUGGUGAACAGUUCUGCACGGGUGUCGGGACAGAAGGCACACCUGCUGCUGCCUGUAUUGAAGGAAAAUGACACCCACUGCAUUGACUUCCACUAUUCCCUAUCCAGCAAGGAUAGGGCAAGUCCGGGCGCUUUGAACGUCUAUGUGAAGGUGAAUGGAGGACCUCAAGGCAACCCUGUAUGGAAUGUGUCGGGAAUCGUUACCGAAGGAUGGAUUAAGGCAGAGCUGGCCAUUAGUACCUUUUGGCCCAACUAUUACCAGGUUAUUAUCGAAGCGUUGGCUUCAAAGGACCACCCUGGAUACAUAGCCGUCGAUGAAGUUCGGGUGCUCGCUCAUCCUUGCAGGAAAGCCCCUCAUUUCUUGCGUCUUCAGAAUGUGGAGGUCAACGCAGGACAGAACGCUACCUUCCAGUGCAUCGCGGGUGGGAAGUGGUCCCAGCACGACAAGCUCUGGCUACAGCAAUGGAAAGGGAAGGACACAGAGCUGAUGGUGACCCGGGUGGUGAAUCACAGACGCUUUUCUGCCACAGUCAGCGUGGCGGACACGCUGCAGAAGACCACGAGCAAAUACAGAUGCGUUAUUCGGUCGGAUGGAGGCUCGGGAGUGUCCAAUUACGCUGAGCUCAUUGUGAAGGAACCCCCGACCCCCAUUGCCCCACCCGAGCUCCUGGCGGUCGGGGCUACGUACCUGUGGAUCAAGCCCAAUGCAAAUUCCAUCAUCGGCGACGGACCCAUCAUCCUGAAGGAGGUGGAAUACCGGACUACCGCAGGCAACUGGGCGGAAACUCACAUUGUGGACUCCCACAACUACAAGCUGUGGCACCUCGACCCGGAUGUGGAGUAUGAAAUCCGGGUGUUGCUGACGCGACCUGGAGACGGAGGCACAGGACCCCCCGGCCCCCCACUGACCACCAGGACCAAGUGUGCAGAUCCCGUCCACGGGCCGCAGAGCGUGGCGGUGGUGGACGUGCGGUCGCGGCAGCUGACCAUCCACUGGGAGACGUUCGGCUAUGCGGUGACUCGUUGCCACAGCUACAACCUGACGGUGCAAUACAAUUACGUGCUCGGACACCGGGAGUACACAGCCGUGGAGCUGAUACAGACCUCGUCCCACUACACGCUGAGGGGGCUGCACCCCUACACCACUGUCAAGCUCUGCCUGGUGUUAGCCAACCCCGAGGGGAGGAAGGACAGCCCGACCAUCGUCAUUCAGACCGAAGAGGACGUACCUGGUCUGGUGCCUUUGGAAUCCAUUGAGGGAGGACCCUUCGAGGAAAAGAUCUAUCUCCAGUGGAAGCCACCGAACGAGACCAAUGGGAUAAUUACCCUCUAUGAGAUAUCGUACAAAGCCGCUGGCUCCUUUGACCCGAAUGUGGAUCUUUCAAGUCAACGAGGGAGGGUGUUCAAAUUACGGAAUGAAACACACCAUUUGUUUGUUGGCCUGUACCCGGGAACCACCUACUCUUUCACUAUCAGAACGAGCACGGUGAAGGGAUUUGGGCUCCCUGUUACUGCUCGUAUCACCACCAAAAUCUCAGCUCCCUCAAUGCCGGGUUACAAUACAGAAGCUCCAUUGAAUGAGACGGACACGACCAUCACGGUACUGCUGAAGCCAGCUCAGUCCAGAGGAGCCCCAAUCAGUGCCUACCAGCUGGUUGUGAAGGAGGAACGCCUGCAAAAAUCCAAGCGAGCAGCGGAGACCGACGAGUGCUUUUCCAUCGCCGUCAGCUACAAGAACGCCUCUCUCCUCGACUCGCUGCACUACCUCGCAGCUGAACUGAAGCCCGUCAACCUACCCGUGACUCAGCCGUUCACCGUCGGCGACAACAAAACCUACAGCGGUUACUGGAACCCACCUCUGUCCCCGCUCAAAAGCUACAGUAUUUACUUCCAGGCCCUCAGCAGAGCCAAUGGGGAAACCAAAUUCAGCUGCGUAAGACUGGCAACAAAAGGCGCAUCGACGCAGAACGCCAACACGGUGGAGCCGGAGAAACAAGCGGAUAAUACAGUGAAAAUGGCCGGAGUGGUGGCCGGAAUAUUGAUGUUUGUGAUCAUCAUGCUGGGAGUGAUGCUGGUCGUUAAAAAACGGAGGAGCGCAUAUUCCUACUCAUAUUACCUGAAACUGGCGAAGAAACAAAAAGAGACGCAGAACAGCACCCAGCGAGAGAUGGGACCGAUGAUAACGGCUACAGACAAGAGUUGCAGCAAACACGCCUCAGCUGAAAGAGACGAAGCCUUGUCUCCCGAACCAGUUGAGCCCAGCACCAUAAUAGCCAGCAACCACGAGGAUAUCAAUCAGCCAACGCGAGUGGUCCAGACUCACUCCUAUAGGAACUGUGAGCCUGUUGAAAUGUCCUAUCAGACAGGACACCUUCAGCCCGCCAUCAGAGUGGCAGACCUUCUGCAGCACAUCACGCAGAUGAAGUGUGGAAAGAGCUACGGAUUUAAAGAGGAGUAUGAGAGCUUGCCAGAAGGACAGUCGGCGGCUUGGGACACUGCCAAGAAAGAGGAAAACCGCUGUAAGAACAGAUAUGGAAAUAUCAUUGCUUAUGACCAUUCUCGAGUCAGACUCCAGCUUCUUGACGGAGAUCCCCACUCAGAUUAUAUUAAUGCCAACUACAUAGAUGGCUACCACAGGCCACGUCACUACAUAGCAACGCAAGGUCCCAUGCAGGAGACGGUUAAGGACUUCUGGAGAAUGAUCUGGCAGGAGAAUUCAGCCAGUAUCGUCAUGGUAACUAAUCUGGUGGAGGUGGGAAGGGUGAAGUGCUGCAGGUAUUGGCCUGACGACACAGAGGUCUACGGAGACAUCAAAGUGACACUUGUGGAGACCGAGCCACUAGCAGAGUACGUCAUCCGGACUUUCACCGUCCAAAAGAAGGUGAAUCAUGAAAUCCGCGAGAUUAGACAGUUCCACUUCACCAGCUGGCCUGACCAUGGGGUACCCUGCUAUGCAACAGGCUUACUGGGAUUCGUAAGACAAGUUAAGUUCCUCAACCCAUCCGAUGUUGGGCCCCUGGUGGUGCACUGCAGUGCUGGUGCGGGAAGGACCGGCUGUUUCAUUGCGAUCGACAUCAUGCUCGACAUGGCAGAGAGCGAGGGCGUCGUGGACGUUUACAACUGCGUUCGCGAGCUUCGUUCUCAGCGGGUCAACAUGGUGCAGACCGAGGAGCAAUAUGUCUUUGUGCACGAUGCGAUCCUGGAGGCAUGCUUGUGUGGAAAUACAACCAUCCCUGUGUGUGAAUUCAGAGCCAUGUAUUUCAACAUCAGCAAAGUGGAUCCCCAGACCCACUCCAGCCAGAUUAAAGAUGAAUUUCAGACGCUGAACAUUGUAACUCCUCGUGUGCGUGCGGAGGACUGCAGCGUGGGUCUGCUGCCUCGGAACCACGACAAGAACCGGAAUAUGGACGUGCUGCCCCCAGACAGAUGUCUUCCCUUCCUCAUUUCCGUAGAUGGCGAAACUAGCAACUAUGUCAACGCUGCGCUGAUGGACAGCUACAAGCAGCCUGCGGCCUUUAUUGUUACACAGCAUCCAUUACCAAAUACCGUGACAGAUUUCUGGAGGCUGGUGUUUGACUAUCACUGCUCGGCCAUAGUCAUGUUGAAUGAAAUCGAUGCUGCACAGCUCUGCAUUCAAUAUUGGCCGGAGAAAAGUCUGUGCUGCUAUGGGCCUAUUCAAGUGGAAUUCAUUUCAGCUGACUUCGAGGAGGACAUCAUUGUUCGGGUUUUCCGCAUCUACAAUAUGGCGAGGCCGCAAGACGGAUAUCGCAUCGUACAGCAGUUCCAGUUUAUCGGCUGGCCGUCGUACAGGGACACUCCGGGCUCGAAGCGCUCCUUCCUGAAGCUGAUCAGGCGGCUGGAGAAGUGGCAGGAGGAGUACGAUGGGGGCGAUGGACGCACGGUGGUGCAUUGCUUUAAUGGCGGUGGACGCAGUGGGACACUCUGCGCAGUACGUAGUAUCUGUGAGAUGAUUCAGCAACAGAAUAUAGUGGACGUUUUCCACACGGUCAAAACCCUGCGGAAUAAUAAAUCCAAUAUGGUCGAUACGCUGGAGCAGUACAAGUUCUGUUACGACGUAGCACUGGAAUACCUGAGUUCCUUUUGAACUUCUGCGAAGGGAAGCAACCUAUUGUGGGAGCACAGUGACACUUUAACCCAACGUACAUGAAACCCUUUUGCAAACUUGUGCAAAAACAAACAAACAAACAAACAAACAACUCAGAACACGGAACACAAAAGAGCGACCAGAAAAGAACGAAAGAAGUUUGCAUCGCAUUGUUGCUCUCCAGCAUCUUGGCGAAACCAGUAAGGAAAGUUGAGGGCAAAAGGCGGGCAAAGGGCAUGUCCACAAACCCCCUGACUGAACUGGCCGUGAGAUGCCAUGCUUGCCCAGCAUCUCAGCUCUGUUCGUGCCACAAGUACAUUACCGCAGCCUGUAUAUAGGAGGGCGUUUUAUUUCCGCAGCUGUUCAUUUUGUCGCGUGUCCCUGUGUAUUUCAUUUCUUUCAGUGUUUCUCAACCGUUUCACGUUCCAUCGUUGCACCUUCGGUCCUUCACUCUCUCCGUCUGUGUGUCUCCUCUCUCUGUCUCUCUCUGUGGUCUGUCAACAGGAUGUUAUUGAGUGCUUUGCUCAGAAUCUGUGGUCUGAAAGCUUGAAUGAAACUCCUAUUUGGUCGUCAAUAAUUUGUUGAUGUCUUCGCUGAGAUGUCUUAGGAACAUAGGAACAGGAG